CUUUGAUUUGAACUGAAAAGUUUUUUUUUUCCUUUCUGUUUCUUACUCAAAAUCUUAUAAGGUUUCCUCUGAUUUUACUAAAUCACUGCUCUUGUUGAGUUUUUCUUUUUUGGAUUCGAAUCAUAUAUAAAUAAUCACUUUUAUUCUUCUGGGUCGUCCUUAAUUGAUGUGAAGCUGUUCCAAUUUUGGCGAAGAGUUCAAGUUGGCACAAAUGAAAUCGGAGGAAUUGGGGGUAGAGUUCUGCUGAGUUUCAAAGAAACCCCCGACCUUCGAUUGCUCUCAUUCUGGUCCCUGCGUUCCUUGCCUCUAUUCCGAUCGAAAAGACUGCAGAAGCAAGUUCAAUUGAAGUUGGGGUAGAUAUUAUCUCAGAAAUUCAAGGUCAAACACCUUGCUUGAUCCGGUUCUUUGACGAGUCGCAUACUUUGUAAUGAAGCCUUACGAAAAUGGUGGAACCGACUUGGAAGUUGGUAAGUUGGAGAAAGGCCGAGAAAAAGUUACUAUGCGGAGUCAGAGUAAUAAGGGAUUUAAAUUGCAAAACCAGGCAUUGUUGUCUGGCCUUGCCUACUGCAUCUCUUCUUGCAGCAUGAUACUAGUCAACAAGUUUGUACUUUCCAGCUAUGAUUUUAAUGCUGGGAUAUCUUUGAUGUUGUACCAGAAUUUUAUUUCAGUAAUUCUUGUGUCGAUAUUGAGUUUUCUGGGUUUAGUAUCGACGGAACCACUGACAUGGAGAUUGAUUAAAGUUUGGUUGCCAGUAAACGUUAUAUUCGUUGGGAUGCUUGUUACAAGCAUGUUCAGUUUGAAGUACAUUAAUGUCGCUAUGGUCACAGUCCUGAAGAAUGUAACUAAUGUGAUAACUGCUCUUGGCGAAAUGUAUCUAUUUAACAAGCAUCAUGACAGCAGAGUGUGGACUGCUCUGUUCCUAAUGAUCAUUUCAGCAAUUACUGGAGGAAUUACUGACCUAACAUUUCAUGCAGUCGGCUAUGCAUGGCAGAUUGUUAACUGUUUCUUAACUGCAUCAUAUUCCCUGACUCUACGCCGGGUCAUGGACACGGCAAAGCAAUUCACCAAAUCUGGGAACUUGAAUGAAUUUUCAAUGGUCUUGCUAAACAACACCCUUUCUUUGCCUUUGGGGAUUAUUCUUAUACUCAUUUUUAAUGAGGUGGAUUAUCUUUUGAAAACACCCCUAUUGAGGAUGCCUGAUUUUUGGCUGGUGGUGACGCUUAGCGGAUUUUUGGGUCUGGCAAUCAGCUUCACUUCCAUGUGGUUUCUUCAUCAAACAGGUGCUACCACAUACAGCCUUGUUGGGUCACUGAACAAGAUCCCUCUGUCCUUUGCCGGUAUCCUACUUUUUAAAGUCCCGACCAGUUUAGAGAAUUCCACGAGCAUUUUCUUCGGCCUCUUGGCUGGAGUUUUUUUUGCCAGAGCCAAAAUGCGGGAGCGAUCUCAAUCCUGAAGUGUUACGACUGUCAUGGAUCCUUGCAUGAAGCCGACCGAGUUCAGUGCGAUCAGCAUGCUGAAAUUUUAACUUCCUCAGCUAUUGCAUCUUGUUGAUUCGGGAAAAACAGUUUUCUCUGAAGGUAUCCGAUGAAAGGAAGGAAAAGAAAAUUCUUGCCAUUUUUUAGUGCUGUUCUACAGAGUCAGCUAUGGUGCAAGGAUGAUUAAAUUCUUUAGAAAUGCAUUACGCAUUUUGUGUCUGUUGUAUUUGUACGCUAGAAAAAAGAAAAAGAAAAAAAAAAACCUACGUCUAUUCCUUUUUUUGCCCUUUUUGAAU